GCAGAGUUGGCGGAGGCUCCUCAAGGGACUGGGGCACCGAUCUGCGUAGAAGCGGGUGGCGGGGAAGAGAGGGGAGGAGAGCUCUGAGUGGGAAGCGGAGCCGGGGGCCUGGGACCCGUCGCGUCAGAGCCAGGCAAGUGAACCGGAGCAAACGACUUCCGAUCCAGUCCGCGCUGCUGCGGCUCCCGUUUGGGAUUUGAUUUGCAGCAUCUUCGAGCCUCUACGACAAAAAACCGCGAAGCACGCCCAGCCCUCCCCCGGCACCCCGAAAAGCACCCACUCCCUCCCGGGGACACAGCUGGGCGCGUCCACACCCCCGCAGCCCCACACCAUGUUGUGCGGAAGGACUUCCACUCUCCGCCUGUGUCGUUGAUGUCAGACCCCAGGCCAGCCUCCGGGUGCUGCAGUUCUCCUGGCUAAUGCUGAGGCUGCGGCUCCAGCUCUAGCACAGGCACCAGCCGCCGCGGCACCCGGCCCCAGCACCCACCGUCUGCAUGUGCCCGCCGUAGCCGCCUGCCCAGCCCGCAGCCCGCGCUCCACGGAGCGCUGGAGACCACCGCGGGGUUGGGGGAGGGCUCCUCUGCCCUCUAGAGAAGCUGUCUUGGAGGUAUUGAUUUAGGUGGUUGGAUUUUUUUCCGUGGAUCUAUCAAUUCACAAUUCGAAUUUGGAAGAAAAAAGGAAAACAUGACGUCUCCAGCCAAAUUCAAAAAGGAUAAGGAGAUCAUAGCAGAGUACGAUACUCAGGUCAAAGAGAUCCGUGCUCAGCUCACAGAGCAGAUGAAAUGCCUGGACCAGCAGUGUGAGCUCCGAGUGCAACUGUUGCAGGACCUCCAGGACUUCUUCCGAAAGAAGGCAGAGAUUGAGAUGGACUACUCCCGCAACCUGGAGAAGCUGGCUGAACGCUUCCUGGCCAAGACACGCAGCACCAAGGACCAGCAAUUCAAGAAGGAUCAGAAUGUUCUCUCUCCAGUCAACUGCUGGAAUCUCCUCUUAAACCAGGUGAAGCGGGAAAGCAGGGACCAUACCACCCUGAGUGACAUCUACCUGAAUAAUAUUAUUCCUCGAUUUGUCCAAGUCAGCGAGGACUCAGGAAGACUCUUUAAAAAGAGUAAAGAAGUCGGCCAGCAGCUCCAAGAUGAUUUGAUGAAGGUCCUGAAUGAGCUCUACUCGGUCAUGAAGACAUAUCACAUGUACAAUGCCGACAGCAUCAGUGCUCAGAGCAAACUAAAGGAGGCGGAGAAGCAGGAGGAGAAGCAAAUUGGUAAAUCGGUAAAGCAGGAGGACCGGCAGACCCCACGCUCCCCUGACUCCACGGCCAACGUUCGCAUUGAGGAGAAACAUGUCCGGAGGAGCUCAGUGAAGAAGAUUGAAAAGAUGAAGGAGAAGCGCCAAGCCAAGUACACAGAGAAUAAGCUGAAGGCCAUUAAAGCCCGGAAUGAGUACUUACUGGCUUUGGAGGCAACCAAUGCAUCUGUCUUCAAGUACUACAUCCACGACCUAUCUGACCUUAUUGAUCAGUGUUGUGACUUAGGCUACCAUGCAAGUCUGAACCGGGCUCUACGCACCUUCCUCUCUGCUGAGUUAAACCUGGAACAGUCGAAGCACGAGGGUCUGGAUGCCAUCGAGAAUGCAGUAGAAAACCUGGAUGCCACCAGUGAUAAGCAGCGCCUCAUGGAGAUGUACAACAACGUCUUCUGCCCCCCUAUGAAGUUUGAGUUUCAGCCCCACAUGGGGGAUAUGGCUUCCCAGCUCUGUGCCCAGCAGCCUGUCCAGAGUGAGCUGGUACAGAGAUGCCAACAACUGCAGUCUCGCUUAUCCACUCUAAAGAUUGAAAACGAAGAGGUGAAGAAGACAAUGGAGGCCACCCUGCAGACCAUCCAGGACAUUGUGACUGUUGAGGAUUUUGAUGUGUCUGACUGCUUCCAGUACAGCAACUCCAUGGAGUCUGUCAAGUCCACGGUGUCUGAAACCUUCAUGAGCAAGCCCAGCAUUGCUAAGAGGAGAGCCAACCAGCAAGAGACAGAACAGUUUUAUUUCACAAAAAUGAAAGAGUACCUGGAGGGCAGGAACCUCAUCACCAAGUUACAAGCCAAGCAUGACCUUCUGCAAAAAACCCUGGGAGAAAGUCAGAGGACAGAUUGCAGUCUAGCCAGGCGCAGCUCAACUGUGAGGAAACAGGACUCCAGCCAGGCAAUUCCUCUGGUGGUGGAAAGCUGUAUCCGGUUUAUCAGCAGACACGGACUACAGCAUGAAGGAAUUUUUCGGGUGUCCGGAUCCCAGGUGGAAGUGAAUGACAUCAAAAAUGCCUUUGAGAGAGGAGAGGACCCCCUGGCUGGGGACCAGAAUGACCAUGACAUGGAUUCCAUAGCUGGUGUCCUGAAGCUUUACUUCCGGGGGCUGGAACACCCUCUCUUCCCCAAGGACAUCUUUCAUGACCUGAUGGCCUGCGUCACAAUGGACAACCUGCAGGAGAGAGCUCUGCACAUCCGGAAAGUCCUCCUGGUCCUGCCCAAAACCACUCUGAUUAUCAUGAGAUACCUCUUUGCCUUCCUCAGUCAUUUAUCACAGUUCAGUGAAGAGAACAUGAUGGACCCCUACAACCUCGCCAUCUGCUUUGGGCCCUCGCUGAUGUCAGUGCCAGAGGGUCACGACCAGGUGUCCUGCCAAGCCCACGUGAAUGAGCUGAUCAAAACCAUCAUCAUCCAGCAUGAGAACAUCUUCCCAAGCCCCAGAGAGCUGGAGGGCCCUGUCUACAGCAGAGGAGGAAGCAUGGAAGAUUACUGUGAUAGCCCUCAUGGAGAGACUACCUCGGUUGAUGACUCAACCCAGGAUGUGACUGCAGAGCACCACACGAGCGAUGACGAAUGUGAGCCCAUCGAGGCCAUUGCCAAAUUUGACUACGUGGGCCGGACAGCCCGAGAGCUGUCCUUUAAGAAGGGAGCAUCCCUGCUGCUUUACCAGCGGGCCUCUGACGACUGGUGGGAAGGCCGACACAAUGGCAUCGACGGACUCAUCCCCCAUCAGUACAUCGUGGUCCAAGACACCGAGGACGGUGUCGUGGAGAGGUCCAGCCCCAAGUCUGAGAUUGAGGUCAUUUCUGAGCCACCUGAAGAAAAGGUGACAGCCAGAGCGGGGGCCAGCUGUCCCAGUGGGGGUCAUGUAGCCGAUAUUUAUCUUGCAAACAUCAACAAGCAAAGGAAGCGUCCAGAAUCUGGGAGCAUCCGGAAAACUUUUCGGAGUGACAGCCAUGGGCUGAGCAGUUCCCUGACUGACUCCUCCUCCCCAGGGGUGGGGGCUAGCUGCCGCCCAUCCUCCCAGCCCAUCAUGAGCCAGAGUCUCCCCAAGGAAGGGUCAGAUAAGUGUUCCAUCAGUGGGCAUGGGAGCCUCAACUCCAUCAGUCGCCACUCAUCCCUGAAGAAUCGGCUGGACAGUCCACAGAUCCGGAAGACUGCCACAGCAGGAAGGUCAAAAAGCUUCAAUAACCAUCGGCCCAUGGACCCUGAGGUCAUUGCUCAGGAUAUUGAGGCAACAAUGAACUCGGCCCUGAACGAGCUACGGGAGCUAGAGCGGCAGAGUAGCGUCAAGCACACCCCUGAUGUGGUUCUGGACACCUUGGAGCCCCUCAAAACCUCCCCAGUGGUGGCCCCCACGUCGGAGCCCUCCAGCCCCCUGCAUACCCAGCUCCUCAAGGACCCCGAGCCCGCCUUCCAGCGUAGUGCCAGUACUGCUGGGGACAUCGCCUGCGCCUUCCGGCCUGUCAAGUCUGUCAAGAUGGCUGCCCCAGUGAAACCACCAGCCACACGGCCCAAGCCCGCUGUCUUCCCCAAAACAAAUGCCACUAGCCCUGGUGUCAACUCAUCAACUUCUCCACAGUCCACUGACAAGUCUUGUACUGUCUGAGGGAUAUAAUUUAAUUGUUGUAGACAAGGGGACUAUAGGGACUGACUGUUAUUAAAAUCCUAUUUAACUAGCUUGGGGACUUCAGUUGAAAAUUAGGUUCUAAGUUGUUCUUGCAGGAAUUAGCCUCCCCGUCUCCCAAAACCUUGAGAAUGAAGCCCUUGAUAACGCCUCUCCCUUCCCACUGCCCUCUGCUUCCUCCAGUUGUUGUAAUUCGGCCAGCUGCAGUCCAUACCGUUCUUAGGUUUAGCCAGAGACAAGUUUUCAUUAUCAGGUCACUGUGAAAUCUGGUAAGGCAGUCCUGAGGACGUGGGCUCAAGUCUCAGUUCCCUCAGACCAUGCGGCUGCCUUGACCAGAUGGUUGGCUACUGCCAUCCAGCUUUCAGUGACGUCUUGUUUUGGGUACUGACUAUAGAGAAUCAUAUAUAGUCCAGUCUUCAUUUUACACACACACACACAAUUAUAGAGAAUCAUAUAUAGUCCAGACUUCAUCUUCAUUUUACACACACACACACACACACACACACACACACACACACACACAAUUAUAGAGAAUCAUAUAUAGUCCAGACUUCAUCUUCAUUUUACACACACACACACACACACACACACACGUUUUUCUAGUCUUUGGCUUAUGUAGCCCCUCCUGGUCAUAGACCAGUCUUUGUAAGUUAUUGUGGCAGUUCACACAGCAGCCACCAGAGGUCUCUGUUUCCAUUACAAACUUUGUUCUGUCUGGGCCAGAGAACCUAGCCUUUGAAAUCUCUCCAUCAUAUGAAAUAUUGAGGGAUGGGACAAUCCCGUAACCUCUUUGGGGUGGGGGACUUUCUCUCUGUGUUCUUUCCAUUGAUGUGAAUUGGUCAUUGGUGUUUGCUCUUGCUCUCCUCCAUCCUCUAGAAGUACACCCCAGUCUUAUUAAGAAGCUUUUAAAGUUUUUCUGAAUGUAUAGACAUUUCUCGGGUUCCUUCCUUUGUCUCUGAUGGACCAUUUUCCAUUUAAGACAUUUUCCUGUAUAAGACAGUUUUAUAGCUGGUUCCUUUAAGGGUAAAGAGUCUUAACAGAGUUUUAUUGUGUCUGUGGCAGGUUUGGAAAAGGUAAGAAAUGGGUCCUUUUUCCUCCUAAUGUUUUUGACACGUAAAACAUAAAAUUCAUUAUCCUAUUAAAAAAAUUAAAUUCAGCUUUGCUAGCCCAAAAAUUGUUCCCAAAUGGAAACUUGUUUUAAGUCCACCCUUAGUUUGGUUAUUUUACAAGGUCUCUCUUCAGGGACCAACAGGGGCUUAGAGAGCCUUAGUUAGACUAAGGGGAGAUGCUGCCUCUUAGGACCAGUUUUCAUUUAUCCAAACAAGGACAACUAAGGGAGCUGUGGCCCCGCAGGCUUUCCAGUCUUCCUGAGGCCGGAAUCUAAAGAAAAUGAAAAUUUGAACACUGAAUAUUUUAACUCUACUCUGGCCUUUUUUCUGGUUCCCUUCCAAAAUGCACAAAUGAUAUCCUUGUCUGCUCCAAUCCAGUCUCCAAACCUGGUGCCCUUGGUCCUGGCCCCCCUAGCAUCAUGUUACCCCACGAGUGCCGGGACCAGGGGUAUCCACAGCCAGGCUCAUGGGCCUCAGAACGCAACUCGAGUUAAAGCUGAAACUCAUCCUUCUGUAUGUUUUCUGGUUUAAAAACUGCACUUAUAUUUUAGCCUUAUUGUUUUCUGUAGUUCAGGAAAGAUGGUGGGUUGCCAUUCAGGUAGAAAAAUCUGAGUUUUCUUAUCUUUGACCUAGAGGAGAUUCUUUUUGGACCAACAUGUGAAACUGGUAGUUGGAUCUAUGGAAAGUGUAGUAUUUUUUUUUUUAGCCUGUGCAAAGGAAAAGAGCUUUGUGGGAAAUUACUCAUGAGAAGGCUAACCUGCAGCACCAGAGGAACCUUUCCAAGUCCUAGAAGGGAGAACUGAAAAACCCCAUCAGUAAAGUGAGUCAGCCUAGAAGAGGCAACCCACAGUCUUUUGGAUUCUCGGGUUUUGUUGCUCUGUUUCCUGAUCCGUUCUUGUCUGUCACCUGGGCCUACACAGGUUCUGAGCCAACAGGGGGCUUUCAUACCCAAGGAUCUGUUUCCUUGCUGAAAAUGGAACCCCAUCUUUCACUUUACAUUCCUUUCAGUCCAACUGAUCAAAACUGGUACCCACACUUGCUCUUUCUUCCUCUCUCCAGCACACUCCCCUCUAAGAAAGUCAAAGCAAACCUUUCUUAAUGACAAUGCUUUGGGCCUGUGGUGUUGCUCCUGCCUUAUUUCUCUUUUAACCCUUACAUGACUCGUAUUCACCAUCCCCUGAUCAGUGUCCAUCCGCGCUAAUUUGCAUCAUGAACUGAACAGUGUGUAAGUGGUCACCUACUAAACCCAACUCUGGGGGCAGAGCUGUCUUCCCCAUCUCUGGUGCUCCCGACACCUGUGAGAUGGUCCUGUCCAGAGGACUAGGAACCGAUAGGAGGAGAGUCCUUCUCGGCAGAGCUCACUGCGAACAACUGGAAUUGAGGUUGCACACUGUGAUUUUUACACCGAAAAGCCAAAAGGAGCUGGCCACCCAGGGCCUAGGGAGACCAGCCUUCCUCAGCUAUGCUUGCUGAAACCAGCAUGAUGCUUCAAAGAGCCCUGCUCCGCCCCUCGUGGCAUGGAUCCUUUUCCUGGCGUGGACUCUGAAGGGGUCAGUCUUUGGGGAAGAGAGGUGGGGUGGGGCUACCAGCAUCCCCAUUUAGAAAAUAGAGGAGUUUGUAGCCAGCAGCCUGUAAACUGGAAACACUGGUCUCAGCCAACCUCCUCAGGGCGCCCUGGCUUCUCCCCAAGGAGAUGAGCAGCGGUGAUGCCAGCACUGGGAUGCACAGAGCGCUGGAAGGGCUGGUGCAGACCUACUUCCCAUGCGGAAGAGAAGUCAGAUCUUCCAGGGAACCGCAAUGUUGUGGCGUCUGACUUGUAUGUCACAUUUGUGUAAAAUGGUAUAUUCUUUAAAAUAGUGUUGAUAACUGGAAUAUUGUAUGUAUGCUUGGAGAUGCUUUGUGUGAACCUAAGACUGUCACUCAACAGAUGUUGGAUUGAGGAAAAUCCAAAGCACAACUUCAAAAUAAAAUACAUUUUUAGGUUUCAA